AACGCGCGGGAACAGAGGCAGUAAAAACUACAGCCUGGCUAUAAGAAUAAAAAAUGGCCACCGAUGGUUUGGAGUUCAAUGAUAUUUACCUUCUUGUAAGAGGAGCACUGAAUGACGGGAGGUUAAAGUUACACAAAGGUGGAGUGAUAUUCAAAGCAAACAAAACAGGGAAAAUAGACCAAGCCUCAGUGGCUGAUAUCGAAUCAACUAGUUGGUUGAGAGUCGCUCGUGGUUUCGAACUGAAUGUCACUUUAACAAAUGAAGUGCAGUUCAAGUUUGAAGGUUUCAAAGAGGCAGAUUAUGACCAACUAGCAUCAUUCAUUAAGGAAAAUUUUGAAAAGGAUCUGGAAGAAAUUGAAUUAUCUGUCAAGGGCUGGAACUGGGGCACUGCUAAAUUCCAAGGUUCAUCUCUCUGUUUUGAAGUUGAUGAAAAGCCAGCAUUUAUAGUUCCUCUCAAGGAUGUGUCUCAAGCAACAACAGGCAAAAAUGAAGUGGCACUUGAGUUUCAUCAAAAUGAUGAUGCACAGAUCUGCUUGAUGGAGAUGAGGUUUUACAUCCCAACACCUGCAGAUAAUCCAACAGAAGACCCAGUCAAGAAUUUCCAUCAAAAAGUUCUUGAAAAAGCAGACAUAAUUCAAGCAACAGGAGAUGCCAUUGUUACAAUACCUGAUGUUGCCUGUUUGACCCCAAGGGGCCGAUACACAAUGAAAGUGUUCCCUUCAUUUCUUCAACUUCACGGCAAAACUUAUGACUACAAGAUUCCCUAUACAUCCGUGUUGCGUCUUUUCCUUUUACCUCACAAAGACCAAAGAUUUAUGUUCUUUGUGGUAAGCAUGGAUCCUCCAAUUAAACAAGGCCAAACAAGAUAUCCAUUCCUGAUCAUACAGUUUGGAAAAGAUGACGACAUUGAUGUGAAACUAAAUUUGUCAGAGGAGGAGUUAAAUGAAAAAUAUGAAGGGAAGAUAACUCAAGAAAUGGAUGGUCCAAUCUAUGAGAUCGUGAGCAGACUGAUGAAGGCAGUUGUCGGUAGAAGAAUAACGGUACCUGGUACAUUUAGAAGUCAUGCGGGAAUGAGCUGUAUCACGUGUUCAUACAGAGCUGGCAGUGGAAUGCUAUACCCUUUAGAAAGAGGGUUUAUAUUUGUGCACAAGCCCCCCGUACACAUUCGCUUUGAUGAGAUCUCCUCAGUGAACUUUGCCCGUGUGGCAGGGGGAGGUGGUUCCAGUCGAUCAUUUGAUUUUGAGGUGGAGACAAAGUCGGGCAGUUAUGUAUUUAGUAGCAUUGAAAAGGAGGAAUAUGGUAGACUAUUCGAUUUUGUCAGUGGCAAGCACCUGAGGAUAAAGAACACAGGAAAGGCGUCAUCGAAGCAGUAUAAAGACGAAUUGAUGCCCGGCUCAGACGAAGAUUCUCACGAUGCAUAUUUGGAGCAGAUGAAGGCAGAGGGGGCUGAGAAAUACGAAGAGUCGGAGUCAAGCGAAGAUGAGUCAGACGAGUCCUUCAAUCCCGGAAGCGGCGGAGAAGAUCAGGAUUUGAAAGAGGAAUUCGAGAGCGACCCGUCUUCUUCAGAAAGUGGAGGAGAAUCUGAAGAAGAAAGCAAGCCGAAGCACAAAGAAAAGGAAAAGAAGAAGAAGUCACCGGAAAAGAAAAGAAAAGCUGAAAAAUCCAAGAGCCCUGCACCGAAAAAGAAGGCCAAGAUUUCAGCGGAUGAACCACCUCAAGGCAAACGGAAAAAGAAAGCGAAGAAGGACGCUGAUGCCCCCAAGCGGCCGAUGUCUGCCUACAUGUUAUGGCUCAAUGAAAUUAGGGAACAAAUUAAGCAGGAAAACCCUGGAAUCUCGGUGACAGAGCUGUCCAAAGUGGCGGGAGAGAAGUGGAAGAAAAUUGAUGAUAAAACAAAAUGGCAGGAAAUGGCCAAAGAAGCGAAGAAGAAAUACGACGAAGCAAUGAAGGUGUACAAAGAGAAGAAAGCUAACGAACCAAAUGAUAGUCCAGAUGAGAAACCGAGUAAGAAGGGUUCCGUAAAGGAGUUCUUUAAUAAGAAAGGAGAUAAAAAGAAAACUGUUUCUCCUCGGAAAGCUGGCGGUGGCGAGUCACAGAAAUUCAAGAGCGCGGAAUUUGUAGAAACUGACGAUAGCUCCUCAGAAGAGGAAGAGAAGAAAAGCAAACCUAAACCCAAACUCAAAGCCAAACCUAAAGCAAAAUCUAAACCGGAAAAAUCCAAGAGCAAAAGCAAAAAGGAAUCGGAGGAAGAAGAGUCUGAGGAAGAAGAAGAUGAAGAAGAAGAAGAAUCUGAAGACGUGGAUAUAAGUGAAGGUUCAGAUUCCGACUGAAAAGAAGAAGUGCCAAGGAGUUAGGAGUUUACAUUUUGUCCCUACACUGCACAGCUUACACCGCAGCUGACCCUGCAGUCAUGAUGUCCAUUUGUAUCUUGAAAGAGCAUGCAAACGAGGCUUUGAAGUCGCUUGUGUGAAUUGCUUCAUUUUCAUGUACAAUAUUUUUAUGGAAAAAUACUUCAAGUUGUAAAACAGCCUGUUUCUGACUGUGAUACCUCAUCUGUAAACCUGGAGAACGGUUAAAUAGAAAAAAGAUGUAAAGUAAUCCAAGUUUCUGUCUGUAAAAAUAAACUGAACGAUCAAACUA